CUCUUUUAGGGGCGGGCUCUGAACCCGCCUGUAGGCGCUUGAGGGGGAGAGUAACAUGGUGGCUGCUUCCUCCCUAGGCUGGAGCGACAGCUCGUCCGGCGGCUCUUGAGGUGGCGGCGGGCGCGGCAAGAGGCUCCGGGCCGGGAGCGCCGCGGUGGAGCGGCGCACGAGGGCAGCCCGGCGUCGGCUGUCGGCAAGCGGGCGGGACGGCCGGCGGCAGCUCCGGUUCCUCCCCCGGGCUACGGCGUCAUCGCGUUUAACCCUUUCGGGGGACGGGUGAGGCAAGAGCUCCUGUGCAGUGCUAAGGUAGAAACGAAGCCCCCGGCGCCUGGUGCGCGGCGUCUGCGGUGAAGGGUUGGAUUUACUCUUACAUGUGCCGACAUGGAGAUUGUGAACGGCGGUGUCAUGGCUUUUAGAACGGUGUUUGAACAACAGGGGCCGUCCCGCCCUGCAACCCAGUGACAAAGGCACUAUUACUGGAAGUACUGACAUAACCAUGACAGAAGACAAAGGUCCGCGAGUGGCCGACUAUUUUGUGGUGGCGGGGCUCACUGAUACAGAUACUGCAACCCUCCUGGACCAAGAAAUAAGCCGACAUGAAACAAAAUCAGCUGGUCCAAAAGCUCCAAUUACUGAUAUUGCUGUGAUAAUUAAAUCAGCAGGUGAAACUGUCCCAGAGGGGUACACCUGUGUUGAAGCCACCCCUACAGCCCUUCAAGCCAACUUAAACUAUGGAAGUCUAAAGAGUCCUGAACUUUUUCUUUGUUACAAGAGAGGACGAGACAAACCACCUCUUACUGACAUUGGAGUUCUGUAUGAAGGGAAAGAACGCGUCAUUGCAGGCUGCGAGGUGAUUCAAGCUACUCCUUAUGGUCGUUGUGCUAAUGUUAACAACAGUUUGGCGUCUUCUCAGCGGAUCUUUAUCACAUAUCGAAGGGCUCCUCCAGUACGACCUCAGAAUUCAUUGGCAGUGACAGAUAUUUGUGUUAUUGUUACGAGCAAAGGAGAAACACCUCCUCAUACGUUCUGCAAAGUUGAUAAGAAUUUAAAUUGUGGUAUGUGGGGUUCCAGUGUAUAUCUUUGUUACAAGAAGUCGGUGCCAGCUUCUAAUUCUUUAGCAUAUAAAGCUGGCUUAAUUUUCAGAUAUCCUCAAGAGAACUAUGAGUCAUUCCCACUGUCAGAAUCUGUACCUCUCUUCUGCCUUCCUAUGGGAGCUACUAUUGAGUGCUGGGACUCUCAAACCAAAUAUCCAUUACCAGUAUUCUCAACAUUUGUACUGACCUGCUCUUCUGCAGAAAAGGUUUAUGGUGCUGCUAUUCAGUUUUAUGAACCUUAUCCCCGAGAGCUGCUAACAGAAAAACAACAAUUGCAGCUGGGUCUCCUGACAACUGUAGAGAGGAAAGUGAUUACUUCCAAGUCCAUCAAUUCCAACAAAUGCAUCUGCCUUCUCUCACACUGGCCUUUCUUUGAAGCAUUUCGAAAAUUUCUUAUGUUCAUCUACAAACUGUCUGUCUCUGGACCUCAUCCUCUUCCCAUUGAAAAGCACAUAUCCCAUUUUAUGCACAAUAUACCUUUCCCUUCACCACAAAGACCAAGAAUUCUUGUGCAGCUUUCUGCCCAUGAUGCAUUAAUAUUGUCUCAGCCAGUUUCUACACCAUUGCCAUUAAGUGGAGCAAACUUUAGCACUCUGCUCAUGAAUCUUGGACCGGAAAACUGUGCCACUCUGUUACUCUUUGUGUUACUAGAAGGCAAAAUCCUCCUCCAUUCUCUUAGACCAGCUGUGUUGACCGGAGUUGCUGAAGCUGUAGUAGCUAUGAUAUUUCCAUUUCAGUGGCAAUGUCCAUACAUCCCACUCUGUCCUUUGUCUCUGGCCACUGUACUCAGUGCACCUGUUCCGUUUAUUGUUGGAGUUGAUUCACGAUACUUUGAUCUCUACGAUCCACCACAGGAUAUUGUGUGCAUUGACUUAGACACAAACAUGGUGUACAUAUCAGAUGAUAAGAAGAGCACUAACUGGAAGCAGUUUCCUAAGAAGCCAUGUAAAAGUCUGCUCGGCACCUUAAAGAAACUGCACCCACAGCUGGCAGCAGUUCAUAGGAAAACUCAAGAAGGGUCUGCAGUGGAGAUGACUCCUAUUGAGGCAGAUUUCUCCUGGCAGAAGAAAAUGACAGAACUCGAGAUGGAGAUCCAGGAAGCUUUUCUCCGUUUUAUGGCAUCUAUUUUAAAGGGUUACAGAACAUUCCUCAAGCCAAUCACACAGGCACCUUCAAAUAAAGCAACUGCUGCUGAUUCUUUGUUUGACCAUCAAGGAUUUUUAAAAAGCAGAGACCGUGCCUAUACAAAAUUCUACACACAUCUCACCAAAACACAGAUAUUCAGCCGCUUUAUUGAAGAGUGCAGUUUUGUGAGUGACAAGGAUACUGGCUUGGCAUUUUUUGAUGACUGCAUAGAAAAGCUCUUUCCAGAUAAAGGAACAGAAAAAGGAGAGAAGGUUGAUGUGGAUUCUGUUGAAGAGGCACGGUUGAUUGAGCUUGAUGAGUCACAAAAAAGUGAACACACAGUGUUCAUAAUGCCACCAGAACCUCCUGCUGAUGAUGGACAGGACCGAGUGCCAAAAUACAGCUAUAAAAACUUCCCACGACUAGAUUUCAAGCUCUUUGACAGGCCGCAGGAGCUCAAGCUCUCCUUCAGCAGACACUCAGCUGGAAGCAGCAUUUCAAAUAGUCCUGCACUUAUGGCAAAGAGGACAAAACAGGAGAUAAAAACAGCCCAUAAAUUAGCCAAGAAGUAUUACUUAAGUCCCCCACAAUGGGCAAAGUGUCUCUUCAGUCAUAGUUACAGCCUGUGGUUUAUUUGUCUGCCAGCCUAUGUCAGAGUUGCACAUCUCAAGGUCAAAGCACUGCAGCAGGCAUACGAUGUUCUAAUUAAAAUGAGGAAAACUGAUGUGGAACCACUAGAUGAGGUCUGCUACAGAGUUGUUAUGCAGCUCUGUGGACUGUGGGGACAGCCUGUUCAGGCUGUGAGAGUCCUCUUUGAAAUGAAAAAUGCUGGAAUACAGCCAAAUGCAAUCACCUAUGGUUAUUACAAUAAGGCAGUCUUAGAGUCAUCUUGGCCUAGCAGUAACCGCAGUGGCAUAUUCCUUUGGACAAAGGUACGAAAUGUAGUUCAUGGCACAGCACAGUUUAGGCAGUGCUUAAAGAAAUCAACGCAGAGCCCACGAAUACCUUUGAUAUCAGCUCUGCGAAGUGCCAGGGGUGGAAGUGUUGGGGACUUGGUGAGCCAUGGUAGUGUGGAUAGCUCUAAUGACGCUUACAGUGGGGAGCACGCUGUCUUCGUCAGUGACUUAGUCAGGCUUGAUUCCCUUGAUAAUCAGUCUAGCACAGGUGGUCAGUCAGACCAGGGCUAUGGAUCCAAGGAUGAACUUCUAAGAGAUGAUGGGGAUAGUCUUCAUGCAACUGAAACACAAGUAGAGAAAGAUACUUCUUCUAAAGCUGAAGAUCUAAUAGGAGAGGUUUUUAAUGAGAAAUUUGAUGAAAUGCGACAGCUGAAUAUAGAAACUCAUAGUCCAGCAGACCCACCUGCUUGGGGUAGCAGUAUUGUGAAAGUUCCAUCUGGCAUUUUUGAUAGCAGUGGAAGGAAAAGCGGUAGUGAAACCGGUUCUAGUCCACUGGUCAUAACUCAGGAUUCAGCUGAAGAUGCAGUCUUUGGCGAUGUUUCUCCUAAGAAAACAAGUGAAAGAAGACAGAAGAGGCAGAAACUGUUUUCAGAGAGAAGCUGCAGUUUCAGCAGUGAAAGCAGAGCAGGAAUGCUCAUGAAAAAAGGCAGCUUGGACUUGCAUUCUAAAGAAUUGGCAAUAAUGAUGGGAGCAGAUGCCAAGAUCCUAACAGCAGCUUUAUCUGGGGCCAAAACUUCACCCUCUCACAUGAGGAAAUCCCACAACUUUGAAAGCAUUAUUGACCAGGAGAUUUCUGGCAUAAGUGGCACGUGGAAUUGUGCGACUGAGAGUGACUGGGAAUUGGAGCAUAGAUCUUCACCAGUGCUGGAAGAACCUGGGGAAGGGCAUGAGUAUCUUGAGAAUGGAAGAGAUGAAAACUUGACCACAGUGGAAGCCCUAAACCUAGAACAGUCAGUUGAGUCCAAAAACGAGAAACCAGAAUCCAAAGACAGAAGUACUAAAAGGAAUAGCUUAUAUGGAGUGCUUAAGCCUAUUGAAAGGGAAGAUGUUGAAGUAGGCUUGGACCCUUUAUCUUUGCUGGCUACUGACAGCACAGAACCAAGGCAUCUGGAACCUGAGGAACAGUUGGUGUCACCAGUUGCAGCGCGUAAUUUGGCAGAUGAAAUAGAAAGUUAUAUGAAUCUGAAGAGCCCCUUGGGUAAUAAGUUUCCCAGCAUGGAACUGCACAAGCUGGAUAGGGAAGCAGAAUCCUCUGGUACACUUGGUCACUCCCAAGAAAGAAGGUCAAGCCUGCCUUUGGAUCCUGUCCUGCCAUUCCCAAAGUCUUAUGAAAGUCAGAGUAGUCCUUCUGUCUCCAGAUCCAAAACAUUCACUGUACGACCAAAGCAACAAACCCACCUGCAAGUUCAAAAGGAGCGGUCUUCAUCUUUGACAGGACUGGGUCGUUCUUCUCCACAUGGCUCAUUAGGGUCUGUCGUAACAACUUUAUCCAAUCUGAAGCUGGACAAUAUACUGUCUGGACCAAAAAUGGAUGUCCUGAAAUCAGGCAUGAAGCAGGCUGCCAAUGUAGCCAGUAAGAUGUGGGGAGUUGUAACUUCAGCAUAUAGUUACUCAGAUGAUGAGGCAAAAAACAAUCGACCGGACUUUAACUUCCCUGCUGGUUUUGAAGAUAAUAUUUUGGGAGAUAAUCUGACAUCAAGAACUGGUGUCCCAGGGCUCAUUACAAAUGAGCUUGCACAAAGCACUACUAGUCUUGGCAGUAGCAGUAGCAGUGGAGAGGCAGGAAGGCAGCAUUACAGUGCACGUGAAAUUUCAUUGCCAAGAAGUAUGAAAGUUCAAGAUCCUGAGAAGUCAGAGCAAAGCUCUUCACAUAAUACUAGCCUAUCCAGCAUUUUCCAGAACUAUGCAAUGGAGGUAUUGAUGUCUAGCUGCUCUCAAUGUAGAGCUUGUGGUGCUUUGGUUUAUGAUGAAGAAAUUAUGGCUGGAUGGACAGCUGAUGAUUCAAACUUGAACACUACCUGUCCUUUCUGUAAAAGUAUCUUCUUACCUUUACUUAAUAUUGAAUUUAAAGACCUACGUGGCUCUGCAAGCUUUUUCCUGAAGCAAAGUACCUCGGGAGAUAGUUUACAGAGUGGUACCCUUCCAUUAACCACGGACCCCCUGGAGCAGAAGCUGUUGUCCAGUCCAGCUAUUGCUGACUUGAUCAGUUUUUCAGAUCACCCACAGUCCAGCCACACCAUAGCUGAAGAAACGAGCUCUGCAGCUGAGCAGAGUGAUGUAGCAGAAGAACAGAGUAAGGAUCCCAGAACCCUGAAGACAUCUCCCAGUAAUCCACCAAAAAGGGGAGUGUCCUUGACUCGGAGCCACAGUGUUGGAGGUCCACUGCAAAAUAUUGAUCUUUCCCAGAGACCAUCUCAUGGAAUUUCAACAGUUAGUCUUCCAAACAGUCUGCAGGAAGUUGUGGAUCCUUUAGUAAAAAGACCUAAUCCUCUCCCUGUAUCCGUGCCCUACUUGAGCCCUUUGGUACUGCAUAAGGAGCUUGAAUCACUGUUGGAAAAUGAGGGAGAGCAAGUAAUUCAUACAUCCAAAUUCAUCAAUCAACACCCCAUAAUUUUCUGGAACUUAGUUUGGUAUUUCCGACGGUUGGAUCUGCCUAGCAACUUACCUGGACUGAUUUUAACAUCUGAACACUGUAAUGAUGGAGUGCAGCUUCCUUUGACGUCUCUUGCUCAAGAUAGCAAGCUAGUAUACAUCCAUCUUCUGUGGGACAAUAUCAACCUCCACCAAGAGCCGGGGGAACCCCUGUAUAUAUCUUGGAGAAAUCUCAAUUCUUCUGAAAAGACACCCUCUACAUUGGCAGAAGAUCAGCAGGCAACAAACACUUUGCUGGAGAACAUUAAACUAAGUAUUCAACACAAUAAUGUUGUUAAACCAAUCAACCUGCUUCUACAGAAAGUUAAGCCAGAUGUGAAACGACAGAGGAGUUUUUACAGAGAAAUUCUUUUCCUCUCUCUGGUGUCUCUUGGAAGAGAGAACAUUGACAUUGAGGUUUUUGAUAGUGAAUACAGAAUUGCACAUAAAAAUCUACCAAAGGAAGUUCUUGAAAAGAUGCACAAAAUAGAUGCUCCGCCAAGCAGCAGGGUUGAGUGUUGUAGGAAGUGCUUUGGAGCACCUUUAAUAUAAAAAUGAGGAAGACACGCUAAACUUCGAUGUGACAAAAGUAGAGGUGAACAAACCAGGAGCAUGGUGAUAUGUACACUUUCAAUCCCAAAAGGUGAUAACAGCAAUUUGUCAAAGAAAUUUCCUUGAGAUACAUCAUGUAUUUUUGUCUUUCAUCUCACAAAACAGAGUGUAAAGUAUGUUAAAAUGUUUUAAAACUAUAUUAAUGGGGUGAGUUGGUUUCAGUGAUUGAUCUGCUUUUUUUUGCUGUAUAUACUUUUUGUCCUUCCUCAGAUCCUUCUCUCACAGCAUGAAGUUGUUCAAAAAGGUGAUGAUAGAACAGCAUCUUAAGUUGCUGACUUAAGAGCCACCAAUAUUUAUGUGUUUUAAUGAACUACUUUUCCUGCCACAGAAUACUUAGGUUCUUCACUACUACUACAAAAUAGCCUUUUCCUGAAGAAGGAUUCUUUUAUUAGUGUGCAGUAUAAAUGUAUGAAUGUAAAUACUUGAGUCCUUGCAUUGGAAAUUGCAAUGCAGUUGCUUUUGUCAGAUCACAGUACCUAAAAUUGCUACCCUUUUCCUGACCCUUGUCCCAGUAUUCUAAAUUAUCUUUGGCUGACAUUUUCAUAAUGUAUGUCUGCAGUUGUAAAAGCCGCUCAGUUUUUUCUGUAUUCUCUAUCUGCCACAUUAAAGAUCCUAUGAACGUGCUGCUGCUUUCUCCAAGAGAAUGAUGGGCUUCUACACAAAGCAGCUCAGAAAUGGAUGGCUUUCUAAAAAUGUUUUUUAGGAAGCUUUAGAAUGGCAUUAGAAUACAUACAGGGUUUAUUAAACAGAUGCUGUCUGAAAAAAAAUUACGCUCUAUACUGUAUGCAUGUGUGCUUAAAAGGUAUCUUUUCGUUGAAUUCUAUCACCUUUUUCCAUGGUUUUAUCCUAGCCUGUGGGUUAAUUAUUUUGCACUGAUAGUCCAAAUUCAAAAUUUCAAUUAAAAUGUAUUUAUAAAUGUGGUCUUCAAGAUAUAUAUUAGCACAAAUGAAGUGCUUGAGUGUAUGAUCUGGAAAGAUGAAUUCGUCUUUUGGUUUGCAUCUAGUAGGUAAGACACUUCCUCACCUCACAUUCUAACUGACUCUAGUAGUCAUAGUCUUGGCAAGAGCCUGGAUGCUGAUUAACAAUUUCAAUGUUUCUAUUACUUGAGGAAUAGGAUAAGGUUGAUU